AAAGCAUUUUUUGAAUGCACAAUACAAAGCAUCAUUAGCAAGUCUUAAUUCAGAUGGUGCUAUUAUAAUCACAGAUUAUAAGAUACAAAUUCUUCUAAAAACAGCAAAAGAAACAAAGCAAGAGUUUUUUGUUAAAAGAAAGUAG